ACUUAGUACAACAGUAGUACAAGCAAACUACAAGUUGUUUACAAGCAAUCUAGCUGAUUUAGUCCAUAAUUUUCAGCCAUAAGUUCUUACAUGUAGUUACAAAGAUGAGACUGUACAAGAUCUAGUGUAACUAACUAUGAACAAAGCUAACACAAGCUCAAUGGAGACUCAAUCUUUGCCUGACAUGUGGCUCCACUAUUUCUCAACCCGCAGGUCAGCCCCAGCUCACAUUCUAGCUGGUAGGAGACUGCUGUGCUCCAGGCAAUCGAAAACCUGUUCAAAAAGAAGGAUUCCAGGAAGCAGAGGGACAUCACGAUCCAAAAGCAGAGGAAAUUAUGAAAGGAGCUUCACAAGCACAUCACCUGCUAAACCACAGCCUAAGCAAACUUUGGUGUCAACAUCUAUAGUGCGAGCUCCAGGCUACACCCUCACGCGUAAUCCCACCAAUGUCAGAGUGGACAUAAACACAUCGACUUUCUUUGGAGGGAAGGAUGAACAGGAGAGUGUGGAAACGAUUAGGUCAAGCUCCAGAUUGUCAAAGCCAUCCAGUAAAAGGGACUCCCCCACUGCCUCCACUGUAAUGAGGGCAGCCAUGCUCGAGAAAGUGACGCAAGAAAAACAAGUACUGGAAUUGGAGAUAGCUGAGCUACACAUUCAGAUGGAGUCCGUUCAAAAUAAAUACACAGAGAAAGAAAAUCAGAAAGAGGAGGAGUUCUUUCAAGCUACCGAGAAGAUACGCAAACACCAUCAAACCGAUAUAGAAGAAUUGGAGGAGAAGCAUCAGCAAGAGAUGUGUGUCAUGCAAGACUACCACAAUGAAUUGGUUAAAACUAUCACCAAAGAUUAUGACAAAGAAAUAGAUGAAUAUCAAGAGAGAUUAAAAUUGGCCGAUGAGCAACUACAGGAGUCUGUUAGAGAGAAAGAAAAAACAAUAGGAAACCUAGAGGAAGAACUGAAAGAGCAACACCGUGACGAGAUACAGCAUCUCACGGACACGCUGGGGGAGGAAGCAAAGAGGAAAUUAGAAGAAACCCAGGCUGAGUUGAAAUUAGAACACAGACAGGAAAUUGAGGAAAUAACUGCCGAUCAUGAGACGGAAAUUGAUGGAAUGAGGGAAAAGUACAAUAAAGCAAUGGCCCUCAAAGAUGACCUACAAAAGUCCAUCAAAAGGAACAAGAAAUUGGAAAAGGAGAUUAGUAAAAAUAAAGAGAAGAUUCAAGCCGCCAAAGAACAGCAUACCGAAACUGAAACCCAACUACAAGAAACUAUAAGGAAAUUGAAGGAACUACAGGAUGACUUCCAAGAAAAAGUUUGGAUGGUGGAGACUAAUUACAGAGACAGAAUUGAUGCUCUGAAGUCAGAGAACACUCUGUUAAGAAGACGACUGCUAUGGAAAACAGACGAGUUUAGCGAUUACCGUGCCAACACUGAGAGGCUACAAGCAGAGGGAAUACGAUCAACCAGAGAAAAGCUGCAGAUUGUAUUGAGAGCACGGCAGAAGGCGUGUCUAAGUAUUGCCAUGGGAACUAGUGAUAUGUACACACAAGUGUCACAAGGUCGACCUGCAAGUGCACCGAUAACUAAGUCAGAGAGAAAAAAUGCAAAACUAAAAACGGACACUCAGUAGUUUCAAUAUUGCAUGUGUUUGUUGUUCAUUUUAGACUCUGAAUCUCACCAGACAAUAAUUACAAUGUAUAUACAUUAACAUGUUAAUUCACUUAUAAAUGUACGUGUUGCAAACAAAUUCUGAGGACAAUAGGAUGAAUUUCCUAUAUGAAACACAAAUAAGGUGCAUUCAAAGCAUUAUCUUCUAUUCUGCACCAUUUCCUCUCUAGUUACUAUAAGAGUAAAAAGCUAGCUCUUUCUGGAAUACUCUGACUCUACACAGUACUACUGUAUACAUACGAUGGCCAAGCUACUUCUUUUGAUUUGCUCUGCUAGUGUUCUACUGCUCCUAGCAACCACCAGUUCAGCUGCUCGAUAUCAACCAAGGCACAGGGACAGCCGUAGCCGGGAUCCGUGCGAAGAUGGGAGAAUGAAAGACAAACCUCAAUGCAGCAAAUCAAGAGAAGUCCAGCCAAUCAAGAUGAAGAAGUUUCCGAAGCAGUGGGAUUCUCGUGCACGCAGAUUGCUGAGCCCUUAUGGACAACAUAACAGAGUCCUCGUUUCUCUACCGUAUCCAGGAGAGGAGCGAACACCGUCCAAGAGAGAAGAGAAACGUGAAAAGCCGACAGAGAGUCCUUGUAAGUACAAAGAGACAGAGAACAAGAAGACAGAGUGCGAGAAGGAAUUGGAGAAAUCUCGCGAGAAAAAGCCUUGCAGCAAGAUUCCCAAGAUAAAGUCUGCCCUGAGGGUUAUUGACGGAAUGAGGGAACUCCUUAGCAUGGAGUAGUUACAUGUAUAGCUACGAGGAACAAUGAUUAGAAAGUUAUUGAUGAUGCAAAUUAAACAUGUUCAUUUCUUGUAAGAUUAUAAUAGUGAUUGCAAAUUUAA